GGCCUCUGUUGCGGGCGGACGAGGGUCCGGUUCGUCCGUCCGUGCCAGGUUCCCCCACGUCUGGGACUGACUCGAGCGGGAAAUUUCAGGCACACCGGCAACACGGUGGUCAUCUCUGCCUCCAGUCAGAGGCCAGGAGAGAAAUCUUCGUGCCUCAGAUUUGUUGACGUACAGAAUGCUUCGAUACCCAUAUUUAUGUAGAUGUAUAUAUAAAGAGUGUUUUUCAUACUGGUUGGAAUCUGGCAUACUUAAUUUAGAUGCCUGGCAAAAAAAAUUACAUACUACAACAGGAAGAUGGAAUGAGUAUAAAACCCAAGCGCAAGCAGGUCAAACUGGAGCCCAGGAAUCGCACACAUCUCCAAAUAGAGAUUCUGACACCGUGGCUGAAUUGCAUAUUCCGGUGAUGGUGAAUGAAGUCGUUCGUUGUUUGGCACCACAAAAAGGGCAGGUUUUUCUAGAUAUGACAUUCGGUUCAGGAGGACACACAAAAGCCCUUCUCCAGGAGGAGCCGGAUAUUACUCUGUACGCCUUAGACAGAGACCCGACAGCUUGUGCGCUAGCCGAGCAGCUUUCAGAGCUAUAUCCGAAACAGAUCCGAGCUCUGCUAGGCCCGUUCAGCCAGGCCGAAGCCGUACUCCUGGAGGCUGGGGUGCAGCCGGGGACUUUGGAUGGGGCUCUGUUGGAUCUCGGGUGCUCCUCCAUGCAACUUGACACUCCUGAAAGAGGUUUUUCCCUUCGGAAGGACGGUCCCUUGGACAUGAGGAUGGAUGGUGGCAGGUAUCCCGACAUGCCCACCGCGGCUGACGUUGUGAACGCCUUAGACCGACAGGCGCUCGCAUCCAUCCUGAGAAGAUACGGGGAAGAGAAACACGCCAGGAAAAUCGCGUCAGCAAUCGUUCAGGCACGGAGCACAUACCCCAUCACCAGAACCCAGCAGCUUGCCAGCAUUGUAGCAGGUGCAUUUCCUCCUUCUGCUAUUUAUGCACGGAAAGACUUGCUACAACGAUCGACCCAUAUUGCUACCAAGACUUUCCAAGCUCUUCGUAUAUUUGUGAACAAUGAGCUCAAUGAACUCUACACAGGACUUAGGACAGCUCAGAAAUUUCUGAGACCUGGUGGUCGCCUUGUUGCUAUCUCCUUUCACUCAUUAGAGGAUCGCAUCGUCAAGAGAUUUUUGCUUGGGAUAAGCAUGAUGGAAAAGUUUAACCAAAGUGUCAGACAGAAGAUGGUGCAAACCUGGGGUUCAGAUCAUGAAAACAAAGGAGGAAUUGCUGUAAAAGCUCCUUUAAUGUGGGAAAUGAUACACAAGAAGGUACUUACCCCCAAAGAUCAGGACAUACACGAUAACCCCAGAGCACGGUCAGCCAAGCUGAGAGCAGCUAUCAAAUUGUGAGAAACUUAACAUAAUAUGAUCAUCACAUUUUCCUUCAGUAAUAUUCCUGAACACCAUAAUAUAAAGUGUGGGACAGUGUGGAAAUUGAUGGUAUCUAGUAUUAUUUUUUUCUCAGAAAAAAAUUGUAAGAAAACUUAGCAUGACAGUAGAUUUCAAGUGGGAAGCAGCAGCAUCUCCAGACUGGGAAAAUUCAUUUGUCUUUGUAUAAUAUUUGACUUUUGAGACACAAUCUUUACCCAGUAAGUAAAUAAUAAAGAAUUAUAUUUUGUAUUUAUCUAAAUAUGUAAACUCAGGUUGUCAAAGAUGAAGAAAUUAUAACCAUAUCUGCAUGCCCUAAAUUCUGAAUUUAGAUGUUUACAUUUGCAAGACUUUCUAUGGCUCAAAAAAUUAGUGAUGGUCAUGAAAUGAAUUUUAAUUUCCCUAGUUGUGAAUAAUUAAUUGGUACAAAUUUCUCAAAUACAGGUGUUUUACAAAUUUUACUUUCCAAAUAUCAUUUUAAAAUGCAUUAUACUGAUGGAUUUCACUGUUGAAAUUAUAGUUCCUUAUUUUACUGGGAUUUUUCAUUAUGAAAUGAGCUAAUUUUUUAUGUAUCACAAAGUAAAAAAAUGUAGAAUUACCCUAACAGCCAUCAUAGAGAAUUGUUUUAUGGAACUUACAUUUAAUGUCAAUUGUGUCUAUUUUAAUAACAACUCAGAAAACCUUUAGUAAAUAAUAUAAUCUCUUGUUUGAAUCCUGCAUUUUUAAUUGAACUAUUCAAAAGAAUUCAGAGUCUAUUUGAAGUAGAAAACUAUCUGAUUUAUUCAGUAUAUUAAAAUUAAUGUUCCUUUCAUGUUUUUACUUAAGUAUAGUAGCUGUAAUCAAGAGAAAAUCCUUAUUCAGGAUAAAUCUUCUUGGUAGAGAACUCUUUAAAAAAUUGAUGACAUUGAUUCAUAAUUCCAGUGCUAAGUUUUUAUAUGUAAGUAUGCGUUUCCAAUUUAUUCAUUCUUGAGCAAGUACUGAAUUUGUCAUUAGAGAAACCUAGGUACUUAUAGAACACACGGGCCAUAGUACCUGUCCUAUGGAGCCCACAGUCCUGUGGAGGAGGAGGAUAUUUUUUCCACAGUCACAAAAACCAGUGUAAAAUGGACACAGUGGUAAAUGCUGCAAAGAAGUAGCAUUCAGAAGUACCAAAAUGGUGCAUUUGGAGCAUCUAAUAGGGAUCUGAUCUAUUGAAGGAAACUAAAUCUGACAACAUAAUACUCUUGAAUUGCAACUUGAAGGAUGGGUAGGGGAUAAUGGUAGAGCUCAUGGGGUGGGGAGGGGACAUGGUGAUUAAAGACACAUGUAAAUGAAUAUUCUCACCAGUAGUUAUCCUUGAAAUAUUAUUUGCACUCUUAAUUUGCUGCAGGAAAAAUUCAUAUUUUCAAUUAUGUUGACAAAUUGGGAAUCCAAGUGAGUAAUAUAUGUGUGUGUGUGUGUGUAUAUAUAUAUAUAUAUAUAUAUAUGUAAAAUAGAUAAGAAUUAAAUAUAUGACUUUACCUCAGAUUUAUUUUACUUGCUCUGUAAUAUUUAACUUUAAUUCCCGAACUUCUUUGGUGCUAUUACUUUACAGAUUGUAUACUUAAGUCUGAACAAUCUUGCAGUGAAAUCAGAACGAGAAAGACUCCUUUUAAACAGUAUGCUCCAAACAGAAAGAAGAGAAUCUAAUGAGAUUAGUCUCCUGACUCCUACCCAAAAACUUUCCUAAGCUUCUCUUCAUAGGUAUAACAUUUUGUGAAUGAGAAAGAUCCCCUAAUUUAAGUUCCCAUCUGAGAAUCUGAUUAGAAAAUAACACGGCACACUCAUCUUAAACAACGAUUCCCCUGUUUCAUCAUUCUUUUUUAUUAGUCCAUGUUUGCAGAUCAAAAUAUCUACAUUCCUCCUGUGGAGUUGGUCCAUGUACAUAACACAUCUCGGUUCCUCUUUUCACCCCCCAUCCAAUAUAGUUAGUAUGGAAACUAUUCUCUUUCAUGUUAAAUGGAAAUUCAUCAUGGGUUGGACGGUGUUGACACCUCUCUGAACUUCAGAAUGCAGCGUUCAUUGGAAAUCCAGUCGUUUCAGGUGUAAGUAGUUAAGCUGAGGCCCGGCUGGAGCAGAGCAGGCCUUUCAUCGAUAGAACUGGUGUCUGAGAAAAGACAGAGACACAGGGGAGAAUGCCUGGCAGGGCAGGAGGCGGACAUCGGAGUGAGAAGUCUGCAAGCAAAGGGACAUGGAGGAUCUUGGGGAGCCCCUGGAAAGAGGAGAGGAGCGUGGAGCAGAUGAUUCUCCUCAGCGUCUCCAGGAGGAGCCUCCCCUGGUGACUCCCGAACUUGGGAUCCUCACCUCUAGAGCACUGAAAGAAUACAUUCCUACUACUGUAAGCAACCCUGGGUUUCCGGUAAUUUUUGACUUCAACUCUAGGAAACUGAUACUCUGAGAGAUAAAAGUCUUGAGUCAUAUGCAUGAGAAAAAGCCUUCAGUAAACACGAAAUUGGUUUCAAAAUGUUUUAUUGCAAAACUAUCUUAACCCUUUUCGGUGACUGGUCUUUUUUGUUGGGCACGCAAUACACAAGUGAGUUUUACACAGUUAACUGGAAAAAUUCAAACAAUACAAAUAGAAAUUGUUCCUGAUUGUUCCAGUGAAUAUAUAGCGCUUUGCUAAUGAAAUACUUGUGAAUCUCUGUGUUGAGCACUUUAAUGAGUGAUUUUAGCAUAGCACCAAUGUUAUGUAGUACACAGUUCACAGAUCUUGGUUCACCAAUUUAAAAAAUUAAAUAAGUCUGCAAUUGUUAGUUGCUAUUCCUAUUUUGAUGGUUUGUUUUUGUUUUUGAGACAGGAUCUCACUGUGUAUUUCAGGCUGGCCUUCAACUCACUGUGUAACCCAGGCUAGCUUCAAACUUGCAGUGCUCCUCUUGCAAGCAGUGCCUUCUGAGUGCUGGGCUUACAGGCGUGUGCCACCAUGUCCAUUCUGUUUUGUCUUAAAAGUUGGAUAUUAGUUACUAUAUUCUCACCGAAGUUUAUAGCAUUCUUAAGAAAUUUUAAUCAUAUCUGUAUCUGUUCCAUGUAAUAUACAUAAUUUAUACCUCAA